AUGAAGGCCUCGGAAUUCAUUCCAAAAUCCGAUGUUAGACAGCUGAUCAAAGUGACAAAAUCACAAAUUAAGAAAAUCGACCACCCUCAUGCCCGUUAUAACCAGUUGGGUAGAAUCUCUUGUGUUGUAUGUGGUGUGCAGAUCAAAUCAGAACUUGCUUGGAAUGCCCACGUGAUGAGCAAGUCCCAUAAACAGAAUGAAACCCGCGUGCCGCCGGCACCCUUAAAACGUACAAUCCCACCGUCAUCGGCAUCUUGCUCGACUCUGGAGCUCAAGGUACCACGGACCACAGAUACGAUGGCUUCAAACCCGGUUGAGGGUUCAAGUCAACCAGUCGAAAACGCCAAUCCACCGGCCAUCAAAAAUUCCAUUCAGGUGGUAGUCACUGGUGAGAAGAAUCCUGCAGAGAAAACUCGCGAUUCUGUCUCAAGCUCCAAGCUUCCCGAAGGGUUCUUUGACGACAAAUACAAGGAUGCAAAGAUGAGAAAUGUUCCUUUCAAGGAUAAGCUGACGGAGGAAGUCGAGCUAUUCCAGAAGGAAAUGGUUUCUCUAGAGAAGCAAUCUGAGAGAAUCAUCGAAAAGGAAAUGAAGGAAAUGGUAUCUGGUCGCGAAUUGGAUGAAAUCGAUACUCAGCUUGAAAAGUGGGAACGAAUACAACAGUUGCAGCUGGAAAUCGAAGCUCUGGAGUCGAAACGCAAAGAUCAAACUGUUCAAAGUCAGCAAGCGCCCUCACCCUCGCGGUUAAAAAAAGAACCCACUACCUCAUCAGAAUCGGAGGAGAGUGAAGCAGAAGAAUUGUAUGAUUUUCGAGUAAAAAACACUGUGUGAAAAAUAUGUAAACUGUGUGUACAGUUUCUUCUUUUCUGUGGUUGUCUUUUCGUUCUGAGACGGGAUCUAUGGUUACAGAUGCUAUUUACAGAUGUUUGUUUGGCACAUUUUAUGGUGAAGGGAGAUGUUGGCACUCUAUGACUAACAGAUGACCAAGCGAACUCAGAUCGCCACUCCCUACCGCGCACGAUCAUCCAUGUUAUCUGUAAAACUGUAUAGUCUUCGGCACCCUGCACGUCCUGUCUGUAGGCGAAAUUCAAUCUCUCUAGUCCGACUGGUUGUUGACAUUGUUUCAAAAAGCUUGAUAAACCGACCACCGUCCUUGGAGAAACUUUGCAUCAGGUCGGGAUAACGAGUCCGCCAUUCAGGGAGUUCGUGUGGAAUGACCAACGUUCCAGACUGCGGGGGUGGAGGAACGAAGGAA